AUGCCGUGCGGUGGGGAUCGCGAAAAGGGCGCAGUCUCGAUGGAGGAGAAAUGGGACUACGUGAACCUCGAUGAUUUUAAAUCUGAUUCCUGUUGGACUGGCUUUUCCUACUUCUUCCUGUGGGUCUUUCUGCUGGUGUCGGUUGCCGUCUACAGCGCCGAUACAUUCACCGCGGUCAAUCUCCUUGCCUUCUCGCGCUGGAGUGGCCGCGUGGAACCUGCCAUACCCUUCAAGAUUUCCCGAUGGAUUUUUGCAGGCUGCAUUCUUAUGUCCUUUGCACUCUUGGCCUACCGAUGGAUAUCUGCCAUCCGCGCUAUACGCUCCGGCAGUAUCACACGGAGCUACCUCGAUCCUCUUGCAGUUCGAGUGCAAUGUUUCCGCGUCUUCACUCGGGAGGGUCGGGGAUGGAAACGCUUCCUGGUAUUUGCCGAGUUGACCAAGAGUAAGAAAGGCGCCGAGUAUGUGGCCCUCUAUUCAUAUUUUUCAUUCGAGUCCUGGAUGAAUACCGUCUUCGCCGAUGGACCGCGCCAGGUGCUCAAUGCCAUCACUCUGUGGUCCGUCAUGCAAGCCGACCUCAUUCCCGGCGGGGAGCAUGCGCCCAAAGAUAACGGGAACGGCGAAGUCUGGCAAUUUUUUAACAACGUGAGGAUCCUAGCGGAGGAAAAUAAUCUCCAAGCCGUGGUUCUUUUCGGCAUGCUCUUCACGUUGAUCAUCUGGGUGCUGUCUGUUUUGAAGUUGGCCUCGGCGGUCGUUCUCUACCUUAUUUUCCUGUUCCAUCACAUUCCCUCUACGGAUGGAAGCCUGAAAGCCUACUGUCGUCGAAAGAUCAGCACCCAAUCGAGCCCCAACCCAGCCCACGUAGGAGGGGGUGCCGCAAAACCAACGCUGCCGUCUCUUCCCAACGUCGGCCUGGAAAAGCCAAUGGCUACACCCACGCUGUCGCGCAGUACCACCCAGACAACUUUGCCACCGUACACGCGGUCAAACACGGCCGCUGUCGACAAGCCCCCAACAUUGCCUAAUCCUGAACUGGACAGCAAGCCACCCCUCACCCGCACCGUCACGCAGUCCUCUGCCAUGUCUGACUCUGCAUCUUUUUUGGAGCCCGCAGCUACAGCGACUUACAGUCCUCUCGACCACCAGACUGCUUCGCUGCCUCCUGUGCCACCGCUCCCACCCGUUCUACCUACCUCCAAAACCCCAGUCUCCCAAUGGCGCCAGCCUCCUGGUCCAUCGCCCGUUCCCCGAGAGUUUGGUUCGGGGACACCUGGACCGGGCAUGCGCAAUCUCACAGACUCUGGUCCGCGGCCCUUUUCUCCAUACGGUCACGGUCACGGUCACGGUCACGGCGGCGAUGCCCUCAAUCGGUCGAGAACGCCCGGCGCGUCCGUCAACGAGGGUGCCUUUGAUCUUCACCCUACAAGGGUUGCCUCGCCUGCACGUUAUGACCCCUACGGAACACCGGCAGGCUACUACGGCGCCCCACCAGAAGAUGAUUAUCAGGACGACCAGAGCUUCGCGACUCCAAAUGGCACUAUGCGGCCCUCUCGUGCAUUGACGGGACCGUCUCCUCGAGAAUAUGAUCACCAGGCUCAGUGGUCAGCUCAGCCGUCUCCCGCCGAGAGUCGCCCGGAGAUGAACCAAGGCUUCGCAGAUCGGUCCAUGACUCCGGCUAGCGGGGUUGUGCGCCCUCCUCCCGGUCGUUCCAUGACACCCGCAACCCAGCGGAAUACGCCCGGGCCUCAGCUACCAAACCAGGCCCAUGGGCCACAGCGGACUUACACACCGUUCAAUCCAGCUGUACAAGGAAACUCCGAACCGGGGUAUCGGGCAUUCAGCCCGGCCCUCGAUACUAGCGUGCCCAGUCCAGUCACUUCCCCGGACCGCCAGCACGGUUACCAAGCGUUCAGCCCCCUUUCUCGCGGCAAUAGUAGCACCCCGGCUGGCCAGGGUAACGCACUGUCCGAAAAUCAGACCUUCGGCUUGAGAUCUGAUGCCACCCAGUAUGAUUCGGCCAGCCCUGACCACUCUCACUCCGGUUACCGGACGUUUAGCCCACUUUCCAGAGGCCCGAACACCGUGCCUACCGACCAGAAUAGCUCAGAGCUCUCCAAUGUAGCACUGGCUUCGAGCGCUCAUGCUUUCAAUCCUCGCUCAGGCAGUCCUGGUCAUCUCCAGGCCGAUGACCAAGCGUUUGACCCGAGCUUAGACAGCGUCCAAUCCAGUUCGGUCAAUAAUGGCUACGCGGAAUUCAAGUUUAGUUCCGACGCGAUGAAUCCUGGUUCGACGAGUCAUGGCUAUGCCCAGCCUGGUUACCGGGCCUUCAGCCCAGUUUCCACCAGCAACAACACCCCUUCCGCCGGCCCAGGGCACCAUCAACCCAUUUACCAGGCCUUCAGCCCUGCCUCCAGCAAUGAUCCCGCCGGGUAUCAUAACCCUCCACCAAUCUCUCAUUCACCACAAUCUUACGUGCAGAACCCUCCGCACCCGUCUGGCUUUCAACCAUUCUCCCGAGCUCAGACAACCUCACCAUCGACAAUGAACGGUCACCGCCACUAUCCUCGGGGUGCCCCACCAGAGUACGGAUUUACACGUUCCCACACAAGCCACCGCUAA